ACACCCAUUAGAAAUCCGAUGCCUUAUAUGUAUCAAAUUAUUGUUAGUAUUGUUGGCACGAUCAGCUGAUUACAUCAACUUUAUUUAAAAACAUAGGCCUAUACGAUGUCAAGAGAAUUACGCUUGUAGCCGAUUGUAGGUGCUUCCGGUCAUAUGAAAUUUAUGAAUAGACUUGGUUGUCAAGAAUAAUGAUUUAAUCCAAACUAAAUGAUAUGCAAUGCAGUUACCAGUCUUACCUGUCCGUAAAUUUAACACAUGGUGUUUCUGGAACUAUGUUCUAGGCAAGAAAUAUCUUCCAGUUAACAUCAGACCUCAUGGAUAUACAUGUGCCAGAGCUCAGAUAUCAAGUGCCCCAAUUUAUCACAAAAAUAAUGUCAGAGUCUUCCAAUCUAUUGAUCAUUUAAAUAUAAAUAACACUAACAGGACAUGUGUACAGAACUAUUCUACUCUUAAUGAAAAGAAGGAUUUUCCUAUGACUAUUAACAAAGAAUUAUCUAAAGCUGCCCUAUUGGCAGAUCUGCAACAUCUUUGUGAAAACAAUCUUAUUGAAAUAGACCGAUUACCCACCUAUGCAAACCAGCUUCUACGAGUUGUCUAUGAAGAUCUUUUUGACCAGUACCCAUGGCUGUUCAAAAACAUUAUUGUUGCCUUUGAUCAAUUACAAAUUAUGGGAAAACGUGAAGAAUCCCUUUCUCCAGUGCUUCAGAAUCCAGGCUGCCAAAUGCUUUUUGGAGUGAUUGAGGCUUCUGUGGAUCAAAUUCCGUAUCAGGACUGUGCAGAUGUUGCUUUGGCUUUUAUUUUGCUUGGGAAGCCCCUCCAUGCUACCUUCUUAAACAAAUUCCUAAAUCGUAUCAUUGAUUCAAACUACAAAUUUAACUUAGCAAGUCUUGCAUCAAUUUCAGAUCUUUCUAAAAUGUUUCCAACAGGUUAUCAUACGAUACUCUUGAAUAUAGUAUUAAUUCAGUUAUCAGAAAUCAUAUCUAAAGACACUGUAAAAAUAAAUGAUGAUGAUUAUCAUUUACAGAUGACUGAUAUUUAUCGAAUAUUAUCAAACACUGUUAAAUUUUAUAAAGGUGAAGCUUUUUUUGAGAAAAUCACAGAAUAUUUCCUGAAUUCGAUCAAAAGCAAGAAAUAUGUGUCCUAUGCUGACAUUAGGCCAUGUAUUCGACUUAUUAAUUUACUAACUCACAAAUCUUUCGAGGGAUUAGAUAAAAAAAAUGCACAGCCGUAUGUAAGAAACAUACUACACCUAAAAGAUUUUGUAAUGGAGAAACUGCCACAAUAUUUUAAUCAGAUUUCUGGACAAGAUCUUCGAUGUCUGAAAGUUCCUGGAUUAACCCCCGAUAUUUUAUUGAGAAGACUGGACGAAUUGCUCUUUAAAGAUGACUUGCCAAUCACGGAAUUGGUUCAUCUUUUGGAUUCCUUUUCGGCUUUCUUUAUAAAGACAAAGACUCUUGAUAGAAUGAUCAAUGUCACCGUGGAAAGAAUUGAUGAAAUGGACAUUUAUAGUUUAUUAAAAUUACCGAAAUUAGUACUUGUUCCAGAAGUAGUAUCAAAAUUUGAAAGUAAAAUCCUUGAAAAUCUUGAUAGUGUAGAACACUCACUUGGGCAUUUUCACAGAAUUCUUUACAUUUAUGGAACAACAAGUACAGAAAACUCUGAUUUUGAUAACAAGUUCUCUGCCAAGUUAAUAGAAUUGCUGAAUGGACAAUUUGGAACAAAUCCAUUUACAGUUUGUUUAAUUGCCUUUAGUUUGCUUGGGAAUACUAAAACAGAACUGCCUGAUAUUGUCUUGGAGAGACUGUUGCCAGCUUUACCACAGUGCCCACAUAAAGCCUUUGCUUUAUUAAAGACAUGUAUUAUUAACAAGAAAAGACUAGAGCAGUUAUAUCCACCUAUAAUGGACAUUAAAUCAGCUAUACUAUCCACCCUGCUCAAAAAUAACACUUUAAAUAGUCCACUAAUUGUUUCCGCAUUAUGUAACUUAGGACUACUCUUCAAAUUUAAUCAGGAUUCCUCAUUAAACAUGAUACUUACCAAAAUGCUGAAAAAUUUACCCAAUUUUACCAAAGAUAUGUCACAAGUAGAAUUUCACAAAUUUUGUUAUAUGUUUAAAGUACUUCGUUGUUAUCAACCACAAGUUUUCCAAGAUAUGGAAAAUUAUUUCUUUGACCAUUUUAGUGAAUUACAUGAAAGUCAAACUGCACGUCUUGUGAUUUGUUAUUCAGUAAAUGGAUAUAAACCAAUUCGAUAUGAAGAGUUCUCUGAAGUAUGUCAAGAAAUGGCUAUUCAGUCAUUGAAAAACAUAAAAUUGAACCACAGUUUACUGUUUAUUUUUCAUUUAUGCCAGAUGCAGAUAUUUCCAGAAAAAGUUUUAAAGCAACUUUUCACUCUGGAAUACAUGAAUCACAUGGACAGUCUAGAAGAAAUUUCAUCUCACUCCUAUCAAGCAAGAUCAUUAAGAAGUUUGCUAUACCAAAUAAAUCAAUGUGUGUCUAUAGAAUGUCCAGAGUUAAAUAUUCCCAUGGUUUGUACUGGUACUGAUACAAGUAUAAAUACUGAAUAUACUUUAACUUUAAGAAGACUAGAACAAGCAUUAGAUUAUGUUUUAAAUGGAACUCAGUAUUUUAGUUCUUCAGUAAAGAGUCCUUAUGGGCACCAUAUAACACAUGAAUGUAUAUUAGAUAGCCAUGGAACACCACUGAUAUAUGAUUCUGCUAGUAUGUCAGCAACCAACUCAAAUAUCCAAAGAGUUGCAAUUUUACCAUUUCUUGAAAGAGAUUACUGUCGACAAAGUCAUCAUUUAACAGGUAGUUCGUUGAUGUUAAAAAGACAUCUAGAAAUACUAGGCUAUAAAGUGGUUCAGAUACCAUAUUAUGAAUGGAAAUCAAUGGCAUUAACAGAGCUAGAUAGUCAAGUUAGCUAUCUGCAUAAUAAGAUUUUCAACUGAAAUAGAUGACAUCAAAAUACAGAGAAUUCUAAAUCGUAGAAGACACAAAGCAUAUUGAAAAACAAAAUUAUUUUGGGGUUUUCUACUUUAAAAGUAUGCCAAUAUUGGUACCUAUAAAAAGUCCAGUUGUCCUUAUGGUUGGGAAAUGUAAUCAUAUGUCUGGGUAAAAAGCCCUUUUUUGCAGUGUUAAUUGUGUGACACAUCAUACCCAAAUGCAACUAAAAAUAAUUUCUUUCAUAAAGAAGCUAUCUGUUGGGUGUGUGAAUUAUUAAAAAAGUUUAAAACCUUCAUAUUUAUUUAUUUCUUGUUAAAGUUUUGUGAAAUUUAUACACAGAUAGAAAUAGAAAUAUAUUUUUAAACAAGUGA